AUGACAGAUGAUAAAGGACUCGAAGUGGGAGAACUGCCUUCCAUAAGCAGUUCAACAAGUAUAUCAGACAAUGUGGCGCUGCGCAACUAUUACGACAAACUGUUAUUUAAGAAUAGCAGUGGAAAGUCGCUCACGGAUUUGCCUCGCAAGGGACGCGAGGAGGCGAUGCGGGAACGCAGGGUUGACUUUGUCAGCGGACUGAGCGGCGCAACUGGCGUUUCCGGGGUUGGUAGUGUUGGAAUGACGCCUUCGGCAUCAGAGCCGCUUCAGGCACCAAUGUUUCAGUUGGGUGAAAAUGGAGCGGCCAUGACAGGCCUUGGAACAAGUCUCGGAGCGUUGCAUUCUGGUGGUAUCGGCGCCGCGGGCCCCGAUCGUGGGUUUGCCACACAGCAAAACAUGCAGUUUACGUUUAUGCCAGCCGCUGGCGCGCGACAGAACAGCAUCGCGUCGACCGGGUCUUCCGGGUCGACCACUAUCGCGUCGCCCACCAAUUAUUAUGCUGCGCUUUCACCGGUGAACAGUGUUGGAGCAUUGGGCUACCCUGCUACUGCAGCUGCCGACCAGCAGUACGCCGCCGCUCGGCGGUCGUCCUACAUUUCAGAUACACUUAUUCACGGCCAAAUGGCCUCACACCCGGGGAGUCACAUCACACCACAAGGCGCAGACUUCAACUCCGGACCUUUCAUUCAACCAGGUAUGGAGUAUUCGUUUCACUCGACUGGACCUCCCACCAUGCAAGGAGGACCAGGACAUUCAUAUGCGUCGAAAAACAGGUAUUUGAAUUUCCCGCAGAGACACCAAUCGGUUCCAAAAGUGAACCUGAAAAUGCCGACAGCGGGACCCUACGGUACCCCUUCUUUGAACCAUGCGACCGCAUCUCUAGACAACAGUUUGAUACUCGUGAAUGGACAGCAGAUCGUAGCGUCUCCCGAGCUGAAGGCACUCUACAAAGAGUGUGGGUCCAAGUAUUUUUCAAGCUCACAAGCGUGCGAUUUCGUGGACUCUUCGAAAGUAAUGCUCGCAGGUGACACUUCUAACGGUGUCGCGAGCCAUAUUGCGCGUUUCCUUGCAUUUUUGAAAAGCUGCAACUUGAACUAUAACCCUCAAUCAGAAGCCUUUGUUUCAGGAAAUGAAGCUCGCAAGUCGGGGUCUGCAAGCACAUAUUUACAUUACAAGCCUUUGGUUUUAGUUGCCUUAAAAAACGGUAAACUGGAACUUCUCUCCAUUCCACAAUCGACCAAUUUACUUAUGACUCGGAAUGAUAUGGUUGUUAUUGACGGCGAUAGAGGCAAAGACUUGGCGUUGGUGGUGGAACCGCAAGUGGAUUUGGAUUUGGCGCUGUUCAUCAAUUUCUUAAAAAAGAAAAUCCAUUUCGAUUCUUUGAUCACCAACAGAAAUCAGCAUUAUCCUAACAAUCAAUUUGUAAAGGCACUCAUGGACUCGACACGUGGGCAAGGGGAUGAGUUGAACUCUAAACUUUACGACGUGAUAGAGCUCACGCAAUUGAUAAUACCGUCGAAACAAGUCCUGCGCUUUGCAACUUCAUGGGAGGCAACCACAAACUUGCACAACAAAUUUCAAGAUGAACUGAAGGCCCUUCAUAUUGCGCAGCUCAAGCUCAAGUCGUUGAAUAGUGGUCUUUCACAUCACCAACACCAGGCGCCGCGCGCACAAUUGAAUAUCAAGAUUUUGAAUGCCGAAUUUCAAUUCGAUCGUAAAAAACUGACGUUUUAUUACGUGUGCCAGGAACGAAAUGAUUUCAGGGAACUUAUAAAGGAGCUUUUCAAAUUUUACAAAACCCGCAUCUGGCUCUGCGCCAUACCCAACAACCUAGAAAUUGAUACCAAAUAUUAUGACAAUCAACUAAAGGAAUUGAAGAUGUAUCAGGAAAUGAUGCAGCACUGCCCGGGGGAAGAACUCUUGGACAACGGUGGUGGAUCAGGAUUUAUCGUUGCUCCUGCUUUAAGCUCCAUAGAGCUGGACAAUUUUCAGAUUGGAGUUUACAAAGAGUUGGUAAAUCAGCUUUUCUCGUGA